ACAAGAUCAGAAAACAAAAAGCAGCUUGAAGAACAUUUGGCCAAUGCCUUUUAAAUGAUGUUGGUAGGAGGUGUCAAAGACAAAGCUGGCGGGUUCAAGGACCACUACUGAAAUUUCCUGAUGCUGCCACAUCCACACAGUGAGUAUUAUGAUACAGGGUACAAUUGGGUUAUUGUUCCCAUCAUGACGCUUGAUAAAAUGCGUGCGUGGGAUGGCGGUCAGUAUGAUGUUGCGAUCUUUGUGGGGGAACACUACCACCAAGAAAUGGAGGAGGACGACAAGUACAACAAUUUACAAGAUGGGCCCUCAAAGCACACUGCAGUUGCUGCUGAAAGACGCCUCUUCAGGGACUUGGAUGUAGAAGGUAUCGAGACCUUGACAUUGUUACGGAUGUCCUAACGCGGUUUCUCAAGGGAUUGGCCUACCUCCACACCCGCAGCUGUGAUGAUGCCGGCAAGCCCAUGGAGGUGCCCCCAGACAAGUGGGGAAUCAUUAACUUGGCUGACACGGUGGAGGCUUUGAUGGGAAAGAAGGGGGACGAAACGUCGAAGCGCAUUUUUGAAGAUUCCAAAGCUGGCAUUGAGACACUCAUUCCAGUAUUGUUGACUGGUGAUGCGCCUGGGAUCCGCGUUCCUAAGCGUCCUGUUACAAACUGUUUUGGUGGCAAGCAUGUCUUCAAGGCUACUGUGAAGCAGAGGUAUCCUACUGAUCCGAUUUUGAGUGCUUUAAAGGGUUCUAUCAACUUUAGCCGGCAGUGGAAUAUGCGUCUGAUGUCAGCAUGCUUCGACAUGUCUUGUGCGGUUUCCAGCAACGAGGGACAUUCCUAUGCUACACCGCCGGCUAUGGAUGUGAUAGGGUCGGAAAUUGCAAUCGUGACUCCAGAACUGCCUCCUGGCCAGCAGACUACUGCUGCGGUUGUGACACCCGAUUCACCGGCAGUUGUAACGCCGGAAUCACUGCCUCCAGGCCAGCGUCGGCAAGUGACCAUUGAUGAUGACAGUCACAUCUUCAUCGCGCCUAUCGAGGACGACUUCAGCGACGUCUCCAUCGACGAUGAUUAUUUUGACUGAGCAGUGGCAGAGAUACGCAGAGACCAGAGGUGAGGUUCGGUAGAAGACAAGGUAACCCCAAGAAACUUCAAUAAGUUAACAAUGCAAUAAAAGAGAUCCAAACAUUACGCGUACAUGCGAAGGAAGCGACCUUCGACAAAGAAGCAAUUAAAAGCUACGAACGGGAAAGGUUCAAAAGAAUUAAAUCGUUUGUUGGAGUCAGAGCCCAUGUUGAAACAUCUAAAACCAAAGCCGUCUAUCCCUAACACUGGCUUAUUUACAUGCGUAGAGUGUAUGAAGAGACAAAGAGACAUAGCUUUAACACUCAAUGCACUGCUUGUGGCCAAGACUUCUGUCCGCGCUGCAGUGCAUGGUGGAACGACGACAGUGGACUGGAAUGUUGCUACUCAUGUCGAGGCAGUGUAGUCUAAAUGUUAAUCCCCUUUGUGUCAUU